AUGUUUGGAAAGAAAAAGAAAAAGAUUGAAAUAUCUGGUCCAUCCAACUUUGAACACAGAGUUCACACUGGGUUUGAUCCACAGGAACAGAAAUUCACUGGCCUGCCGCAGCAAUGGCACAGUCUGUUGGCAGACACAGCCAACAGGCCGAAGCCCAUGGUGGACCCUUCAUGCAUCACUCCCAUCCAGCUGGCUCCCAUGAAGACAAUCGUCCGAGGAAACAAACCCUGCCAGGAAUCCUCCAUCAACGGCCUCCUGGAGGAUUUCGACAACCUCUCGGUGACCCGCUCCAACUCCCUAAGGAAGGAGAGCCCGCCCACCCCGGAGCAGGGCGCCUCGGGCCCCGGCCACCGGGAGGAGAACGGCUUCCUCACCUUCUCGCAGUAUUCCAGCGAGUCCGACACCACCGCCGACUACCCCGCAGACAAGCACCGGGACCGGGGUCUCUAUGGGGACGACCUGGACCCGUUUUACAAAGGCAGCCACGCGGCCAAGCAGAAUGGGCACGUGAUGAAGAUGAAGCACGGGGACGCCUACUACUCUGACAUGAGGCCCCUGAAAUCCGACCUGGCCAGGUUCCCCAUCGAUUACCACUCACACCUGGACGCACUGAGCAAACCCGGGGACUACAGUGACCUCAAGUGUUGGGAGUUCCAGAGAGCCUCGAGCAGCUCGCCUCUGGAUUACCCGUUCCAGUGUACGCCUUCCAGAACUGCAGGGACCGGCGGCUGCUCCAAGGAGAGCCUGGCCUACAGCGAGAGCGAGUGGGGGCCCAGCCUGGAGGACUACGACCGGAGGCCCAAGUCAUCCUACCUGAACCAGACCAGCCCGCAGCCCGCCAUGCGGCAGAGGUCCAGGUCGGGCUCGGGGCUCCAGGAGCCGAUGAUGCCCUUCGGAGCAAGUGCAUUUAAAACCCACCCCCAGGGACACUCGUACAACUCCUACACCUACCCUCGCUUGUCCGAGCCCUCCAUGUGCAUUGCAAAGGUGGAUUACGAUCGAGCACAGAUGGUUCUCAGCCCUCCACUGUCAGGGUCCGACACCUACCCCAGGGGCCCCACCAAACUACCUCAAAGUCAAAGCAAAGCAGGCUAUUCCUCAAGCAGCCACCAGUACCCUUCUGGGUACCACAAAGCCACCCUGUACCACCACCCCUCCCUACAGACCAGCUCACAGUACAUCUCCACCGCUUCUUACCUGAGCUCUCUCAGCAUCUCAUCCAGCACCUACCCCCCACCCAGCUGGGGCUCCUCCUCAGACCAGCAGCCCUCUCGGGUGUCCCACGAACAGUUUCGGGCUGCCCUGCAGCUGGUAGUCAGCCCAGGAGACCCCAGGGAGUACUUGGACAACUUUAUCAAAAUCGGGGAAGGGUCGACCGGCAUCGUGUGCAUCGCCACCGAGAAACACACAGGAAAACAAGUUGCAGUGAAGAAAAUGGACCUUCGAAAGCAGCAGAGACGAGAGCUGCUUUUUAAUGAGGUUGUGAUAAUGCGGGAUUACCACCAUGACAAUGUGGUUGACAUGUACAACAGUUAUCUUGUCAGUGACGAGCUCUGGGUGGUCAUGGAAUUUCUAGAAGGUGGUGCCUUGACAGACAUCGUCACUCAUACCAGAAUGAAUGAAGAACAGAUAGCUACUGUGUGUCUGUCAGUUCUGAGAGCUCUCUCCUACCUUCACAACCAAGGAGUGAUUCACAGGGACAUAAAGAGUGACUCCAUCCUCCUGACAAGCGAUGGACGGAUAAAGUUAUCAGACUUUGGUUUCUGUGCUCAAGUGUCCAAAGAGGUACCGAAGAGAAAAUCAUUGGUUGGCACUCCCUACUGGAUGGCACCUGAAGUGAUUUCUAGGCUACCUUAUGGGACGGAGGUGGACAUCUGGUCUCUGGGGAUCAUGGUGAUAGAAAUGAUUGAUGGCGAGCCCCCCUACUUCAACGAGCCUCCCCUGCAGGCAAUGCGGAGGAUCCGGGACAGUUUACCUCCUCGAGUGAAGGACCUACACAAGGUUUCUUCCGUGCUCCGGGGAUUCCUGGACCUGAUGCUGGUGAGGGAGCCCUCUCAGAGAGCCACAGCCCAGGAACUCCUUGGACAUCCGUUCUUGAAACUGGCAGGUCCACCUUCUUGCAUCGUUCCCCUCAUGAGACAGUACAGGCAUCACUGA